AUGAUUCAUCCCUCUGCCCUCAAAUUUGCAGCCCUUUGGUUCCUGCUCUCCGUGGGUGAGGAGUCUGUGUUCACAGCUAGGUCAGUUGGGAGUCUCAGAAGUGAGCGAUUAGCCAAUCUGAUUGGGUGUUGCUGCGAAGGAGAUGAGAGGUUGCUGGUGGCCGAUUUUAUGCCCCAUGAAACUCUCGCUAAGCAUCUUUUUCACUGGGAUGCUCAACCAGUGAAAUGGGCCAUGAGAUUAAGGGUGGCUUUGCAUCUGACACAAGCUCUGGAGUACUGUAGCAGCAAAGGGCGUGCAUUGUAUCACGAUCUCAAUGCCUACAGGGUUUUAUUUGAUCAGGAUGGCAAUCCCAGACUAUCCUGCUUUGGCCUCAUGAAGAAUAGCAGGGACGGCAAGAGUUACGGUACAAACUUAGCAUUCACUCCUCCGGAGUACCUGAGAACUAGUAGAGUGACACCAGAAAGUGUGGUUUACAGCUUUGGAAUGUUGUUCCUGGAUCUUCUGAGUGGAAAACAUAUACCCCUAGCACUUGAUCUAAUUCGUGGCAAGAAUUUUUUGAUGCUUAUGGAUUCUGCUCUAGAGGGUAAUUUUUCAAAUGAUGAUGGAACUGAACUUGUGCGUUUAGCUUCCCACUGUUUGCAGUAUGAAGCACGUGAGAGACCAAAUGCAAAGUCUCUUGUCACUUCUUUCAUGUCUCUUCAGAAAGAAACAGAGGUGUGUACUCUGCUUGAUCCUUUCAUUUUUAUGUUUAGUAAAUUUGUUCUUCUAUUUUAUUAGUUAUCUUUUUGCCUGAAAUACUAUUUUUUGCACACUACCUUUAUGUAUUUUUUUGUAAUGAUGAAAUGGAGAUCAUUGGCACUUGUCUAAUUGAGGAUACAACCAAAUUGGAUUGUGAGAUUUUGGCCAUUUGAUAAUUGAAAAUUUGCUUCCAUA